CGAGCCGCCCCCCUCACCCCUCUCCCCCUCACCCCACCACCUCCGGGAGUGGGCGAGCGCCGGCUCUGGGCGGGACCCUGGCGGGGGCCCCCGAGCGGUCUCUAGGACCCGCGGGACGCCGCGGGCGGGCGGGGGUGCGGGGGAGACGAUAAUUUGUUCCGUGGUAAUGAGAACGGUGACUGCUGGCCGUGGAUCCAUUUCACAGGCCUGCCUUCUCUCCCUAACGAUCUCCCUCGUCCCGGCCAACGCGGACAGUUCGCUCUUUUACUGCAACGGUCAAGGCUGGCUCGUGCCAGCGCCGCGCGCGCACACACGCACACACCGGGGGAAAACUUUUUCAAAAAAAUGAAAGCCUAGACUCGCUCCUCGGAGGCGCGGGCGCUGCGCGAGGGCUCCGGGGCUGACUCCCCGCGGCAGGAAGUCCCUCGGGUCGCGCCGCCCGGCCCCCGUUCGGCGCCCGCGUGGGAUGGUGCAGCGCUCGCCGCCCGGCCCCGAGAGCUGCUGCACCGAAGGCCGGCGACCAUGGCAGCGCGCCCGCCGCCCGCGCCCCCCGCCCGCGCCCUCCUGCUCGCCCUGGCCGGGGCUCUGCUGUCGCCCCCCGCGGCCCGAGCGGUCAACCCGGGAAGCAAGUUAGCCCCCACCAUGCAGCCAGCUGGAAGAAGGGGCCGGGGGGGAGCUUAUGAAGUUGUCCGUGUUUCUCUCUUGAAUGGAGAUCUCUGGGACCCAAUGGAGAACGUCCACACAAAGAAUCAUCCAGAAGUGUUGAAUUUUCGAAUACAACUGGGAAGCAAAGAACUGAUCAUACAUCUGGAAAGAAACGAAGGUCUCAUUGCUAGCAGUUUCACAGAAACUCAUUAUCUGCAAGAUGGCACUGACGUCUCCCUCAGUCGAAAUCACACGGGUCACUGCUACUACCACGGACAUGUGCAAGGACACUCUGGUUCCACCGCCAGCUUCAGCACUUGCUCUGGCCUCAGGGGACUUAUUACAUUUGAAAAUAGCACCUAUAUCUUGGAACCAGUGGAAAGUGAAAGAAACAAACACAAGCUCUUCCCAGUGGAGAAGCUGAAGGGCACCUGGGGGUCCUGCGGGUCCCAUCACAGCACGUCUGCGCUCCCUGAAGGGAACUGGCUCCCACCACCCUCCCGGAUGUGGCCAAGAAGGCAUAAAAGAGAAACCCUCAAGAUGACCAAGUACGUAGAGCUGGUUAUCGUAGCAGACAACCGGGAGUUUCAGAGGCAAGGAAAAGAUCUGGAAAAAGUUAAGCAGCGAUUAAUAGAGAUUGCUAAUCACGUUGACAAGUUUUACAGAUCCCUGAACAUUCGGAUAGUGCUGGUGGGUGUGGAGGUAUGGAAUGACAUCGACAAAUGCUCCAUAAGUCAGGACCCAUUCACAAGCCUCCAUGAAUUUCUGGAUUGGAGAAAGAUGAAGCUUCUACCUCGCAAAUCGCAUGACAAUGCCCAGCUCAUCAGUGGGGUUUAUUUCCAAGGGACGACCAUUGGCAUGGCACCGAUCAUGAGCAUGUGUACCGCAGAGCAGUCAGGAGGAAUCGUCAUGGACCAUUCAGACAGCCCCCUUGGCGCCGCCGUGACCCUGGCACAUGAGCUGGGCCACAACUUCGGGAUGAACCACGACACGCUGGAGCGAGGCUGUGGUUGCAGCGUGGCUGCCGACAAAGGAGGCUGCAUCAUGAACCCCUCCACAGGGUUCCCGUUCCCCAUGGUGUUCAGCAGCUGUAGCAAGAAGGACCUGGAGGUCAGCCUGGAGAAGGGCGUGGGGAUGUGCCUCUUCAACCUGCCGGAAGUGAAGCAGUCUUUUGGGGGCCAGAAGUGUGGGAACGGCUAUGUGGAACAAGGAGAGGAGUGUGACUGCGGGGAGCCCGAGGGAUGUGUGAAUCUUUGCUGCAACGCCAGCACGUGCACCCUGAAGCCGGACGCCGUGUGUGCCCACGGGCUGUGCUGCCAAGACUGCCAGCUCAAACCUGCGGGAACAGCGUGCAGGGACUCCAGCAACUCCUGCGACCUCCCAGAGUUCUGCACGGGGGCCAGCCCCCACUGCCCUGCCAACGUGUACCUGCACGACGGGCACCCGUGUCAGGGGGUGGACGGCUACUGCUACAAUGGCAUCUGUCAGACCCACGAGCAGCAGUGCAUCACGCUCUGGGGACCAGGUGCUAAACCUGCUCCCGGGAUCUGCUUUGAGAGAGUCAACUCUGCAGGUGACCCGUACGGCAACUGUGGUAAAGACUCCAAGAGUUCAUUUGCCAAAUGCGAGAUGAGAGAUGCUAAAUGUGGAAAAAUCCAGUGUCAAGGAGGUGCCAGCCGGCCCGUCAUUGGUACCAAUGCCGUCUCCAUAGAAACAAACAUCCCGCUGCGGGAAGGAGGUCGGAUUCUGUGCCGCGGGACCCACGUGUACUUGGGCGAUGACCUCCCGGACCCCGGGCUUGUGCUUGCCGGCACCAAGUGUGCAGAUGGAAAAAUUUGCCUCAAUCGUCGCUGUCAAAACACAAGUGUCUUCGGCGUUCAGGAGUGUGUGAAGCAGUGUCACCAAAGAGGGGUGUGUAACAACCACAAGAACUGCCACUGCGAGGCCCACUGGGCGCCUCCGUUCUGUGACAAGUUUGGCUUCGGGGGAAGCACAGACAGCGGCCCCGUCCGGCGAGCAGAUAACCAAGGUUUAACCAUAGGAAUUCUGGUGGCCAUCCUCUGUCUUCUUGCUGCUGGAUUUGUAGUUUAUCUGAAAAGGAAGACAUUAAUUCGCCUGCUGUUUACAGAUAAAAAAACCACCAUUGAAAAGCUAAGGUGUGUGCGCCCUUCACGGCCGUCUCGCGGCUCCCACCCUGGUCAGGCUCACCUCGGCCCCCUCAGCAAAGGCCUGAUGAGGAAGCUGCCACAUUCCAGCAUGUCAAAGGGCAAUUCCAGGAGAUGGUCCCCGUGUCAGAACAUGCACAUCAGCGGGCCCCUCCGAGCCCACGACGCCCCUCCGCCCAGUUCUCCUCAGCGAGUGCUCCCGCCCCUCCAGAAGGCACCUCGUGCACCCCUCGUCCCCGCCAGACCCCUGCCGGCCAGCCCUGCACUCCGGCAGGCCCAGGGACCUCGCAAGCCAAACCCUCCUCAGAAGCCUCUGCCUGCAGAUCCUUUGAGCAGGACCAGCCGGCUCACCAGUGCCUCAGCCAGGGCCCCAGGACAGCAGGAGGCUGGGCUCCGCCUGGUGCCCCUCAGACCCGCUCCCAAGCACCCCCACCAAGCACCCCGGCCCCCCCACACUGCCUACACGAAGUGAGAAGCAAGUCGACACCUUUUCUCGACAGCGAAGACAGAUGUUUGCACUAUCGUUUGACUCCAGUUGGAGUUCGUUUUUUUGUACCAACUUUUAGAAUUUUUUUUAAAAUGUUUAAAACACCCGUAUUCUCUGAACUUGAGCUACUGCCGUCGGUGCUGUGCUGUGCUCUGGUGCUCUGUACACUUGCUCAGGAACUUGUAAAUUAUUAAUUUAUGCCCAAUGCUGGCUCCAGUGCAGUGCGCUGUGGGAGGCAUUUUUUUUUUUUUUUUAAACCAUCACUGAGUUUUCCAUGGAAGGAAGCCUUGUGCGCUUUCAGUAGUUCAGUGAACUUGAAAUCUCAUGCUGCGUGGGAUUCUGGACAGGAGGUUGUCUUUUUGAUCGAGGCUUUAUUGGCAGAACGGUUCUCCAACAAUCUCUCCCUGGCUGUGGUCAUGGCACAGACCCAGCUCAGGAGCCCCCAGGCAGAACCUUGAGUGAGUCUCUGGAACCCCCAAUGAUCUCAGCCCAGGGCCAGGGGCUUCACGUCCAGGCUGGGCUGGGCUUUCAGGGAGCCCCUGGGCCUCAGCCCACUAGCAGCCACACCUUGAAGGUCCAGGAUAGAAGGGGAGGCCCUGGCUUCUGGCUGGGAAGGUCUGGAGAGAACCUGAGCCAGGGCACAGACUGGAACAUAAGGCCAGGCAGAAACUUGACCUUGAGCUCGCAGGCCUUGAGCACAUUUGGAGAGCAAAGACCAUUGCUUUACAGAAACAUUGCCCUUCCCAUGAUGCUGCGGCCUCAGCACCUUGUUUAGAUGGGGAAGGGAGUGUUAGUGCAAGCGGGCUGCACCCAGGCACGGCAAGCCUCCAGCCCCGCGGUACUGCUUGGAGCUAAGCAAAUUACCACCUUAUCUUCUCAACUGUAAUACAACGAUUCUGUGUUCAGACAGAUAGAUGAGGCUUUCCAUGGGACCAUAACUAUUUUCAGAUGUGAAACAGUAACCAGACCUAGUGAAUCAACAUUGUAGAUAAAAAUCUCUUCUUGCAAAAUUCAGCUUAUUAAAAAUUAGGCAGACUCCCUAUGCCCACAAAAACUACAACCAAACAGAACGCCGUGUGGCAGGCUGUGUCUACCAUCCGGUUAAGUUACUUGUGCAUUAUUUCGGGGGUAUUCUGUGUUCCCAGCUUGGCUGCGGGACUCUCUAAAAGAGGUUUUCAGCAGGUCUGAUUUUUUUUUUUUUUUUAAUGCUCGCAACCUACCUGUUGAGCAUCACAGAAUAUGAUAAGGAAAUCGAUUCUUAAUCCUAAAUAUUCAUGAAAUGUGGUCUUGUGCAGCGGCUCCUUCAACCUUUUACUCUUCAAAUGUCUGACUGGGGAGACGUUUUCACAAAGAGAUCUUGAACCUGCCUGUACUAAUGGCAUGAAAAUUACAAAAAUCCUCAGACAAGGUAAAAUGCCAUUACGCCUCUGUGUUGUAGUCGGGUCAUAUGUGACUCCUUUUCACACUCGAAAGCAGUUGACCACAGUUCUGUAAUUCACUCUGAGUGGUUUAUAGUAAAGACUUCAGCUGGGGUCAUUUCAGCAGUUCGCCUGGGCCUUGAAGCACAGAGACCAGGAAUAUACCAAGAAUCAGCUUGCCUUCCGGAAAACAAGACCGCAUUUAACUUGCCCCUUGUUCCCCACUGUAUCCAGGCAACAUAGUACUCAUGAUCACGGAUAAACUAAACAAAUCCGUGUCACAAACACACAAAAGGGAGCCCAGAUCUGAUACAUUCCAACCCCUAUAGAGUGUGUCUGUGUAUCAUACAAUUAUUUUCUUAAAAAGGCAAAGCCAUAUUAGAAAGUAUUACUGCUGAUGAAUAUCUACGGAAUUACUGUAAUUGAUAGUACAUUUGGUAACUGUAUCAAGGCCAAAACACAUGCUGUUGAAAAGUUUACAGAAUUUUCAUGGUGCGUUAUGUGGGUAUUGUCUUUACAGAUGCCCGGAUUCUUAGAUCUGUCGUUCUGCCCCUCCUCCUAUUAUCAGGAAGAAGAUGUGAAUUUUGUCUUUUUUUUGUCUGUCCUUAGCUAGAAUUCCUGUGCUUCCAUUUCAGACAACCAGGAAUAGAUUGGUAUUAAAAAAGGGUAACGCUGUGACCUUCUGAUGACACGUGUCAUCAGUGGUCAUUUACGGGCAGCAGCUGAUGACACAGUCCUCGCUCUACAGCCCAAAUUGCGUUCAUAGAGCCGUGCGAGUUAUUAUUGAGUGCGAACAUGUUUAAACCUAACAUCCCUUGACAAAUAUAGAUAUUAAAGGAACAAUACUUCCAAGAUACAGAAUCUAUCAACUGAAGCAUUUUAGCAUACGUUCCAUUUUAAUACAACUAAAGAAAAAAACCACAGCCAGGGAUUUUUUUUUAAGGGGGUGGGGGGAAGCAGUGGGGAGGUGUACCUCUCCCUUUUUAUAUCCUUAUAGAUGGUCGAAACAAAAAAAUCAAUGCUUUUAUUUCCAUGGCAGUCUAUUUUUAAUAUUUUAAAUGUUUUAUAGGCAUGAAUAAGGGUUGAUUUGAGUUUAUAAGGCCAUCGCUGAGAAAUUUAACGUGCCUAGGCCCAAAGCAGGCUCUGAGGGUUGUCACUUUCCUUGCCCUGUCUUGUUAUCAUUGUAGCUUACAUGACCCCACUUACCGGAGACUAUAGGGCUAAUCUUCCAGGCAUUCUCUUUAAAAGUUUAUCUCCUGAAUUUUUUGGUAACAGUUUGUUUCCCUGACACAUGGAAUCAGAUGUGUAGCAACCAAGAGAAACAAUGCAUAACAUUUUCCAUUGUCCAAAUAUGCAUACAGAGGUUACACUUCCCAGUGUGAAUUUUCCAGCUUACACAUGUGGGAUGACAUCACAGAAACCACAAAAGCAACAAAUUAAACUACAUGAGCAUAAAUACUCCUGACUGGUCUCAGAGGGGACAUUUUUAUGCCUUCUUAACUUUAUUAUGAAUUCUCAGGCUGAAACCACAGGCCAUUGUUCUCUGGCAAAUCAGUACAACGCCAUCACUGCAUCCCCUCAAAGAAAAACAGCAAAAACUGUGAUCUCCCCGGUGCUGCAGAGAGCCUGGUGCUGGGCGGGUUAGAAUGCCCGAGCGCCUUCCUGCCAUCUCAGUUGAUGUUUACUAAGCAUUCUGAGCCAAUGCAACCCUAAUAACUAAAAGGGCAAGAUCCCUGGGCCGCUGGACUGGAUCUUUCUCACGCAACCUGACCCCUGGGCGGGCUUUCCUCAUGAGGCUGAUUCCAUUGAAAACUUCUGCAAGGGAGGGUUCCCUUCGGUGUUCUGGAAGCAGCAGGCCCAGGGCAGACUCGCUCUGGAGCCCUCUCCUCUCUGCUGUCAGUAGGACCCCGGGUAGCCACAAGUGACCCACAUAAACAGGGCACCAGCCCUCUCCAGGAGUCUCACGGUGCCAUGCUGACCCCUAGGUCUGACUUCAUACACUAUGGCUGGCUGGUGGGCGACACUGCACCUGCCAUCUUUUCCCUCCCAACCACCCCAGAGGCUGCCCCAGGCUGCUACAGUCACCCAUCCCCCCACCACGACUCAGGAACAGGCCCGUAUACACAUCUGGACACAGCAGAGGCUAAUACAUCCGUUUGCCUCUUAUCACCCAGAGCCCAGUUGCUUUUCCACAGCAAACCCAGUGCCGAUGUCCCUGCCAUGUGACAAGUCUCUGCCUUUAGGGCUACUGUAGGUCAACCCAAGUGGGUGUGGGCUGUGGCGGCGUGUCGCUACCCUCCCCCCAGCCCAGCCGCUGGACGCCCAAAGCCCACUCUUCUCCAGAGUGGCGGCUUGGAGGAAGCCCACCAGCGGUGCCCCAGCUUCGAAUCCAGCAUCGUCCCUUGCACAGGCACAUCCCCAACCCUAGAAGAUCAGUUUACCCACGAUGGCACAAUUUACCCGUGAUGGCACAAUUCCCUUGACUCACUCUACAGUUCUGUUCACAUCUAUUCCCUUAAAACAUUUUUGGAAACUCCGAUAAUGAUACAAGUGACACACUAAGAAAGAUCAGUGAGCCCCAGGCUAAGAUCCGUUUCUGUGCAGUGAGGAUGCUUCUAGAAGCCAUUUGUAUCUACCUGCACGCGGAUGGAAAUCCCCUCUCUGCUCCUGGGACAGCAGUGGCAGCUGACAAGUCCGGCCCUGAGAGCCUGUUUUAUAGGAGAAAAACUAGGAGACAAAACACUGCAUAUGAAAUUGUUACAACAUUCAAUAACGGGUAGCGAUAGCCCAGAGAUUUACCACACAGUGAAAGGGAUUCUCAGUGGGAUUCCGCUCUUCCAGGUUGAAUAUUCUGGAACCCAUCCUGAUUUUCCACAUCAUCUACAAAAGACAUGUCGUAUGCUCCCCCCAGGAGUCUCCUUCCAGAAAAUAAUAUAUUCAGUCGUCAAUUUAAGUGCAGUUUAAAUCCAGACAAAAUGGUAAAUAGCUUGUGAUCUUUUUAGUUUCACAAAGAAGUAGAAUGACAUGUAUGUCCGUGGUCUAUAAGCAAACACUGAUAAGAAAAACAAAAAGUAUCAAAUUGGAAAGACAGAAAAUCCUCUAAGAGUCCAAGGCAGGACGAGGAAGGGCAGAGCUAAUUGGUCUGUUUUGCCUUCUCUCAGGUCGAGUUGGGAGGUUGUGGGGAAGACCCAUGGUUUGAGCGUGUACGGCAACUGUUAAGUAAAACAUCUUGAACACUUGGCUGCAAGCCACUUAGCACAGUACACUUACAGCUACGAAACAGACCGGUUCCUUAAGUUCAUUGUGCUUUGUCCAUUUAUAAAGCUUCCAUUUGCUAAGUUGUUUUGUUUUUUUUUUUCACAUUCCUUUUACGUUACAGUCUGUUGCUUUUGUACACAUUUCUCAUAUUGGGGUUCUACAGGUAACCACCUGUUUCUGUAGAGAAAGCCAUUGUUAAGAAUAUUAUACCCAAUAAAUGGUACCCAGAUAAACAUAAA